GAGAGUGCAUUAACUUCUGUUUGGGAGAAGAGGGGAGGCUAUUAACUUCUGAAAAGACAAUAACAUAAAUUUGUGUUAUUAGAAUUAUGAUUUAAAAUAUAAUUGACUAAUGCAGAUUUUAAUUGGGGUUUGAAGUUCAUAAAUAGAUACAACGACCACCGACAUAUGGUAAAUUCGUAAUUUUUAAAAUCUGGAAGAAAAACUAAACCACUCAUCUUUCUGAUCUUUGCUUUGCCAAGUUAAAUCUGAGUUUUUUUUUGCAUUUUUUUUGUUACAUUUAUGAGUACUCUUGCCAGAUGGGUUUGCAUUUUUUUUUGUUAAAGUAUGUAAAUCAAAAAUCUGAAAUAAAUUAUGGUUUUGCAGGUUAUAAUUUCGGUUUUAAGUUCGAUUUUAAGUUGGGUGUUAAGUUCAUCAAGGCAUACAAUAAACAAUGGCAUAAGGUGCUAGUUCUCUGUUUGGUAGCAGUUCUAGCCAUUUCCGAAGUGAUGGGGCAGCCACCCCACACCAUCCUAGCCGAGGAGGUUCGCAGCCACCACGAAAAGGUGCUAGUUCUUUUUCUUGUAGCCAUUUCUGUAGUGAUGGGACAGCCACCCCACACCUUCCCGGCCAAGGAGGCUCCCGACCGCGAAGAAAAGGUGGACCACACCCCACUCGUCUUAGUUACGGCUAUUUGUAGUCUCCUGAUGUUUGCAGGAUUGACUAUGUAUAUCCGCUGCCGCUGCUGCUGCUGCUCUUCGAGAAGAGAGGCCCAUCCUCCAGCCCAACACCCUCAAGCCUAUAAUCAAAAUGGGCUUCAGAUGGUUUAG